GACGGCGCUUCGAGUGCUUCGAGGAACUCACGUCACAGAAGAGCCGGUACAAAAGGAAUUCGCCCGUGUCAUGCAACACUCACACCUUCUCACUCAUUCAACAGCACUUGGUUCACAAUGGCCUCCAACCCUGCCUGCAUCUUCUGUCGCAUCAUCAAGCGCGAGAUCCCCGCGAAGAUCCUCUUCGAGACCGAGCACAGCUUGGCGCUCCUCGACCUUGGUCCCCUCUCCGAAGGCCACACUCUCGUUAUCCCUAAGCACCACGCCCAGUUCUUGCACGAGCUCCCUGACGCCGACAUGGUCGAUCUCUUGCCCACGGCCAAGAAGGUUGCCCAGGCCAUCGGAUGCAAGAACUACAACGUCUUGCAGAACAACGGUCGCCUCGCUCAUCAGGCUGUUGACCACGUCCACUUCCAUGUUAUCCCCAAGAACUCGGAGGACGACGGCUUGGUGAUGGAGUGGAAAGCAAAGGAGACUGACGCCGACAAGUUGGAGGCUCUUCGCAAGACCUACCUCAAACUGUAAAAGCCAUGAACAGGUACAAAGGAGACGAAAAUAGUAGCACACCCGAGAUCUCCAGCUACAGGCAAACAAACAGCAGAAAGAAAACAAAUAUAUUAAAGCGCAGAAUGCGAUAGCAAUCAUAUCUUUAUCCCUUCGUUGGCAAUGCUGAGAGAAAGAGUAAAAUACUACAGCUGGGAUUCUCCCACGCCGUGGCGCCCUAUG